AAAAAGAGAGAAGAAAAUAAACUGUUUAUCGUCUUCUUCUCCAACUUCCCAAUUUUAAAUUUUUCUUAAAAAUUCGCUUACCAUUCACGAUAUCCACAAAAAUCUAGAUUAUACGGCAAAAUCCAGUCGAUUUCACACUCAAUUUUCUCAAAAAUAUCCCAAAAUUUGACCUCUGUAUGACCUUCAAAAUAUCCACUUUCCUCGCCUAACUCACCUUCGCUUUCCCUCACUUUCCCAGCAAAAUUCUCCCAACCGCUUCAAUGGCCGCCGCGCUCAGAUCGAAGUCCUCCAAGGAAACGGCGUCGUUCGCGGUGUCCCAAUUCAGGCACUUCCUCUCCAGCCACGGUCGGACGGCGAGUUCUCACUGCACGAACCGCAGCAGAGGGGACGACCUCUUCGCCAGCACUCCCUACAGUUUCACCUCCUUCAAGCCCAUCUCUCUCCGCGGCGAGUUGGUGGACAAGGGCUCCCACCUCUCCAACGACGGGAAUUGGGGCGAGAAAUCGGGAAUUAAGGGGCAAAAUGGUAUUUUAAGCUCGUAUGGGGACCCGCCGGAGGUAUGGUCCGGCGACGGGAUUGUGGUCAGGCAGGGUCCGAUCACGAAUUUGGUCCGCGGAGGUGGCGGCGGCGGCGGCGGUGCUGGUGGUGGUGGUUCGAGCUCCGGCUCAGGUGGUGGAUUCGGGUCCAAUUCGAAGGAUGGUUCCUGGGGAGGGUCCAAUUUCGGGGGUAGUUUCCCAACGCCCAAGGAAAUUUGCAAAGGGCUUGACAAGUUUGUGAUUGGGCAACGGGGGGCCAAAAAGGUGCUUUCUGUGGCUGUUUACAAUCAUUAUAAGAGGAUUUAUCACGAGACGCUACAUAAGUGGUCCACAGAAGAUUCUAGUAAUCAAAAAGCUGGUUCAGUCGAUGAUGAUAGAGUGGAACUUGAGAAAAGUAACAUUCUCCUUAUGGGUCCGACAGGCUCAGGGAAGACAUUACUUGCCAAAACUUUGGCACGGUUUGUGAAUGUUCCUUUUGUUAUUGCUGAUGCAACAACACUGACUCAGGCAGGAUACGUGGGGGAAGAUGUGGAGUCUAUACUAUACAAACUCCUCAUGGUUGCUGACUACAAUGUGGCAGCUGCGCAGCAGGGCAUUGUUUAUAUUGACGAAGUUGACAAGAUUACCAAAAAGGCUGAAAGCCUCAACAUUAGUAGAGACGUUUCAGGAGAGGGUGUUCAACAGGCAUUGCUAAAGAUGCUGGAAGGAACAGUAGUUAAUGUUCCUGAGAAGGGAGCGCGGAAGCACCCUCGGGGCGAAAAUAUUCAGAUUGACACGAAGGAUAUUCUCUUCAUUUGUGGUGGUGCCUUUGUUGACUUGGAGAAAACAAUUUCGGAAAGACGUCAAGAUUCUUCUAUUGGAUUUGGCGCCCCAGUACGUGCAAACAUGAGGUCUGGUGGUGUUACAGAUGCCGCAGUUACUUCAUCUUUGUUGGAGACUGUUGAAAGCAGUGAUCUCAUUUCAUACGGUUUGAUACCUGAAUUUGUUGGCCGUUUUCCUGUUCUUGUCAGUUUGUCAGCACUUACAGAAGAUCAACUUGUCCAGGUCCUGACAGAGCCUAAAAAUGCCUUGGGGAAGCAAUACAAGAAAAUGUUCCGGAUGAAUGGUGUCAAGCUGCAUUUCACAGAAGGCGCCUUGAGAUUAGUUGCUAGGAAAGCAAUAUCCAAGAACACUGGUGCUCGCGGCUUAAGGUCUAUUCUAGAGAAUAUAUUGAUGGAUGCCAUGUAUGAGAUACCUGAUGUUAGAACCGCUGAAAAUAAAAUCAAUGCGGUCGUGGUUGAUGAAGAGGCUGUUGGGUUGGAAGGCCGCCCUGGUUGUGGGGCUAAAAUCCUUUAUGGACAAGGCGCAUUUCAUAGUUAUCUUUCAGAACAUAAUUUAAAGGACUCUGAGUCCGAUGCUGAACCUGAAGUGGAACCAGAGCUGCCUUCUGUUGUUGCCAGCAUGUAAUCUUUUCGUUAUUUAUUUGUAUUCUCACGCUUGUAUAUAAUAGACUUUCAUAUUUAUUUGAUAUAUAAACAUUGUGUAUACAAUUCCCAUAAAGCUUUGGCUUCAUUCUCGGAUC